GGACUGUACUCUGGACAGCGGUCGCCACAGACGCUAAAGGUGGGAUGAAAGCGCGCAAAUGUCUACUCUUUUUGUUCACGUCGGUCAAUGUGGUAAUCAAGUAAGUCAGCACUUGUGGGGAUGCAUUCAAAAGGAUGCAGAAGUCAUCAAAAGUCGGAGCUUCGUAACAGUCGAAGGCUUUAACAGGGCAGUCCACGUGGAUGGUGAAUCAAAAGUGAUCAAGCGUUUAUCUUCAGUGAUGAAGAUAAGGGAGAAAAAUGUCAUCACUGGAAAAAGAGGUCGUGGAAACAACUGGUCUUUAGGUUAUCAUGGCCUCCAUGUGUCAGGAGAUGAUUGUUUAUUGGAAGAAACUCUGGAGAGUAUCAGAAGAGAGGUUGAAAGAUGUGAUAUGUUCUCGGGAUUCCUUCUUACACACAGUCUCAGCGGAGGAACAGGCUCAGGAUUUGGUUCUCACCUGUGUGAGGCUUUGAGAGACAAGUACCCUGUGAACUACUUAAUGUCUGUGGCCAUUGGACCAUGUGCUAGUGGAGAAAGCCCAUUGCAGCACUACAAUUCUGUUCUCUGCUUAGCAGCAUUACAGAGAACUGUUGAUGGCAUCAUACUCAUUCAGAAUGAUGACAUACUGGACAAACUGCACAAGAAAUCACCAGACUGUCAAGUUUCAUUUGAAGCUGUCAACAAAGUCAUUGCCCACACCAUUGCAGGUCUUGUGCUUCCUACUGACUCCCUCACAACCAGCAGGAACAUAAAUCUAGGUCAAGAGCCAUGGGAACUUUUGAAGAUUGCCUGCCCUAUGCCAGCCACUAAAUUUUUGCAAGCCACUCAUCUAGCUAAGAGCAAGCUUUCUUGGGAAGGGCUUGUCACAAAGGUUCUCCAUGCUACUCCUCGCUACAGUCACAUGGGGAAGCCAUUUAGUUCCCUGGCUAGUGUUCUUACUGCCAGAGGAGACACGACUGGCAGCUUCCAUAAGUCACUCAAACUUGGAUUGGAUAAAAGGAUCAGAUCAGCCUUGAACUUUGUGGACUGGAAUCCAUUCCCCAUAGAUGUUUGGACGGCCUUUGUGAACACCACAGGCCCGAAGGAUACAUCCUCCAUAACCAUGGCACUCAACAGCAGCUGUGUGACCCAAUAUUUUGAUGCCAUCUGUCAAAGGGCAGAGCUCAUGGUGAGGGCUAGAGCAUAUCUACAUUGGUAUGAGAGAUAUGGUACAUUUCAGGAGGACAUCGAAGAAGCUAUGAGAGUUGUCCAUACUUGUCAGGACAACUAUAAUGAAGCUAUAAAACAAAGCUGAGCCAGGGGCAACUAAUUUGAGGUAAAAGGCAGAAAGAGCUAGAAGCAGUGAUGGGCAGUAGUUCAGCAAGAAAAAGGGCGAUGAUAAUUACAUGCCUUUGUGUAAAGAUGAAGUUUUUGAGGUCCUUUAAAUCUUUGAAUGAUAGUGAAAACUAAAUUUAUCUUUUUUAAUGUUUGCAGCUCAACCUUUAAAAAUGUGUUUUGUCGCCAGAUAAAACCAAGAGUGUACGCAAAACUUAUGUGUGGCAAAGCUUUAAAACAACUUUGCUGUCUGAUGGAGAAUAGAUAGCAGUGAAAUGUCCUAAAUGCAUGGACAUCUGUGUGGAGUUUUUAUGCAGUCCGGGCUUGAUGUCUCAAAUUGACUGCAAAAUAAUGCAAUAUGUUUAGAAAACAAUGACAUGAUGCAGACCUCAGUUUAUGUGAUGCUGACUUUGAACUGAUGUAUGUUUCUUGAAUAGUCUUACUGACUGAUGUUGAUAUGAUGAAGACUUUUUUACAAUUGUAAGCUUCCUGUUUUAAAAUACUUUCUCUCAACUUUUGUAGCUGCCCUCUUGAUUACUGAUGACUUCUGUUGCAUACUGCAUACUCUGGUUUGCCUCUUGGUAUGCUGCUGGUCAUCAAACGGAAAAGGCUCAUAAUAAAUAUUGAGACAACAGAAUAGAAUUCAUCUGCAUCACUCAUAAAAUAUUAAGAUAUAUUUAUAUAAACAUAAUUAAUGCAUACAGAAAUGUGCAUCAGCUGUUGAAUCAAGCUGGUAAAAAUGUGGGGAGGGAGAGCAGAAUAGAGUAAAAAUGGAGACUACAGUUUUGAGAUGCAGGUAAACAUGUGCUGGCAUGAGACCUAAUUUACACCAAGCUGACUUUGGUGGAGAUUUAUAGAAUUUUCAUUUCUCUGAGGCAGAACAAAGUCCAAACAUGACAUAAGCAUUUUUUGCCUCUUUAUCUGUAUACCUCCAUAACAUCAUCCAUCUUUUGGUCUUUCUCCUCUCUGUGUUCCUUUACUUAUUCUCCUCCUCUUUUUCUCUCUUCUCUAUGGCUCCCUGGUCUGUGCAUGCUUGGAAGAAAAGAGAGGUUAAGCAGGUGAAAGAAGAUCAACUUCGUUGCUUAUGUGCUGGCUGUAUGUAUUUUCCCCUGGAUGUGUCCUCAAUCUUGUCUUUUUAUGUAUAAUAAAAAUGUCU